AUGGUCCCAAAUGAAAUGUACCAGCACAAGGGAGUUGUGCAGUUACUUCAGCAUUUCAGGUGGACAUGGAUUGGGCUUUGGGCUGUGGAUGAUGACAGAGGGGACAGGUUUUUACAGACAAUUCUGCCAAUCUUUUCCCAGAAUGGUGUAUGCUAUGAUUUCAUAGUAAAAAUGCCAAAGUGGAAUUAUGUGGAUGAGAUGAUAAAACUGGGCUUUGAACGUAUGGAAAGCUAUAAAAUUGUCUUUGAGAGAAAAGCCAAUAUAAUGUUUGUUUAUGGAGAACCUCCUUCCUUUAUGGUUUUGAGAAUUUUGCUGUUGGCAGCACCAUUCUUUUCACUGCCACCUUUGUGUAAAGUCUGGAUUGUUACAUCCCACUGGGAUUUUGCAUCACAUUCUCUUCAGAAACUCUGGGAUAUACAAACAUUUCAUGGCUCUAUGACCUUCACUGUUCACUCAAACCAGCUGAUAGGAUUUAAUGAGUUUAUUCAGAUUAUAAGGCCUUCCUGGACUGAAAGAGAUGGUUUUAUUCAGGACUUCUGGGAACAGUCAUUCAGCUGUUCGUUAAAAAUAUCUAAGGGGCAGGAGGAAGAGGAGAAGAAAGGCUGUACUGGGAUGGAGAAAUUGGAAGACAUUCCUGGAAUUUUAUUUGAAAUGAAGGCAACAGGCCACAGCUACAAUGUCUACAAUGCUGUAUAUGCUGUGGCACAUGCUUUGCAUGCAAUAUAUAAAUCCAACUUGAAACUCAGAAGAUUGAGAAGAGACAGACUGGCAUUUCAGAAUGUACAGUCAUGGCAGGUGCAUCAGUUUCUAAAGAGUAUCGUAAUCAAUAACAGUGCUGGAGACACUGUGCGCUUUGAUGAAAAUGCUGAACAAGUUACUGGCUUUGAUGUUACAAACUGGCUGAUGUUUCACAAUGGAUCAGUGGUUCGAAUCAAGGUUGGAAAACUGGAACCACAGGCUCCUCUGGGCAAAGAAUUAACCAUUUAUGAUGAUCAAAUUGUUUGGCAUCCAAGCUUUAAUCAGAAAGGUUUACUCUCACUAACAGGAGAGAUUUCCCUUGAGUGGUUAGAAGAAAUUCAGGAAGACAAAAAAGGGACUCUUGUAAUUGGCUGUUCAGAUAAACAUUGGUCAAUUUCUAGAAAUAACCAGCUUUUCAUUUUCUCAUCAGAUAUGGAUGCUUGUAUGAAAUGUCCAGAAGACCAGUAUCCCAGCAAGGAUCAAAGUCAAUGUAUUCCCAAAGUUUUAAGCUACCUCUCUUACAAAGAAAAUUUAGGGAUUAUCUUGACUAUCUUGGCAAUUUCUUUUUCUUUUACCACAAUUCUAGUGCUUGGAAGUUUCAUGAAGCACAAGGAUACGCCCAUAGUCAAGGCCAACAACCGGAUCCUCACUUAUAUCCUCCUUAUCUCCCUUCUUCUUUGCUUCCUCUGUGCUUUGCUCUACAUUGGACAGCCAAGAAAAGAGAUCUGCCUUCUACGCCAAAUGGUCUUUGGCAUGGUCUUCUCUGUGGCUCUUUCCUGUGUAUUGGCAAAAACAAUCACUGUAGUUAUGGCAUUCAUGGCAACUAAACCAGGAUCUGGGAUGAGAAAAUGGGUGGGAAAAGGACUGGCAAAUUCAAUUGUCCUCUUCUGCUCCUUCAUUCAAGCUAGCAUUUGUACUCUGUGGUUGUGUACUUCCCCUCCCUUCCCAGAUUCAGACAUGCACUCAUUGAAUGGGAAAAUCAUACUAGAAUGUAAUAAGGGUUCAGAGACCAUGUUUUACUGUGUCUUGGGCUAUAUGGGUUCCCUGGCCAUAAUCAGCUUCAUUGUGGCUUUUCUUGCCAGGAAGUUACCUGACAGCUUCAAUGAGGCCAAGUUCAUCACUUUCAGCAUGUUGGUGUUUUGCAGUGUGUGGUUAUCCUUUAUUCCAACCUACCUGAGCACCAAAGGAAAAUACACGGUGGCUGUGGAGAUCUUCUCCAUCUUAUGCUCCAGUGCUGGAUUACUGGGUUGCAUCUUUUCCCCUAAAUGCUACAUAAUUUUGUGCAGGCCUGAGCUGAACAACAGAGAGCAAAUAAUGUCCAGAAAAAAGUGA